ACCCCAACGAAGACGAAGACCGCGUCAACCCUGACGAACGGAAACCACAGCGAUUAUGGGACAAGCGAAUUCAACGGGACGACGAAUUUUCUGAUUCGGAUGACGAAGGGGAAGGGGGAAGGAAGUUCCGGAGUAAUGGCGACGUCGAGAUGGACAUUAGCGCCGCGACGACAAUAAUGACCGGAGAUGGCAAACAACAGACAUCUGGCAAUAAGCGAACCACCGUCGAAACAGGUGAGGAGCCCAAUUUCGCAGGCAGUCAGAUGAGCCAAAAAAGAGGCGCCUAG